AUGCGCCGCCUCCACCAUCCUCCACCACCCUCAAGCCUCUCGCCUCCUCCAUCGUCUCCACCACCCUCCUGCGCCCUCCAUCAUCCUCGGACCUCUCUCGCCUCCACCACCCUCCUCCGCCGCCUCCACCAUUCUCCUGUGCGCUCCACCGCCUCCACCAUCCUCCUGCGCGCCUCCACCACCCUCAACCCUCCCGUCUCCUGCGCCGCUACCACCAUCCUCCUGCGCGCUCCACCGCCUCCACCACCCUUCUGCGCGCCUCCACCACCCUCAGGCCUCUCGCCUCCUGCGCCGCCUCCACCACCCUCCUGCCUCAUGCCUCCAACACCCUCCACCGCCUCGCGUCUCCACCACCCUCCCACGCCGCCUCCACUGCAAAACCCUAAGAUUUCUUUUUGUAGAGGUUCCACCGCCUCCACCCUCCACUACCUCUAUCCAAACAGAUUUCUGAUUUUGAUUUUGGGGGAAAAUGGUGGUGUUGUAGAUGGUGGUUGUAACCUCGCCGGUGUUAAGAGCGGCGGCGCCGGCACCGGAUUUUGGGGGGAAAUGGCGGUAUUGUAG